UACAUAACGAAAUAGAGACAGUGAAGAGUGAAGAGAAGAAAAAUUGAAGAGUGAAAGCGAAGAAGAUGUUUCUGCGUUACUCCCUUUUUGUGAUCUUCUUCUUGUCUCUCAUUUCACUCCAAGGUUUUGCCAAGAAGGCCGGGGAUGUUACGGAAUUGCAGAUCGGGGUCAAGUAUAAGCCAAAAACGUGUGAAAUUCGGGCUCACAAAGGUGAUAAGAUCAAGGUGCACUACAGGGGGAAACUUACCGAUGGUAAAGUAUUCGAUUCGAGCUUUGAAAGGGGCGAUCCGUUCGAGUUUGAAUUAGGAAGUGGCCAGGUUAUCAAAGGUUGGGAUCAAGGUCUGCUAGGUGCGUGCGUAGGCGAGAAGCGUAAGUUAAAGAUACCUGCAAAACUUGGAUAUGGUGAACAAGGCUCUCCACCGACAAUCCCUGGUGGUGCAACAUUGAUAUUUGACACGGAGCUUAUGGCGAUAAAUGAAAAACCAGCUGGUGGAGAAGAAGACGGAGGAGAUGCAGACGAAGAUGGAGAUGACGAGCUAUGAUUCUUCUAUCUCCAUCACCAUAGGUCUACCGUCUACGUGCGUUUGUUUUUAAUCUUUGGAUGCUUUAGUUUGGCUUUAUAAGUGAAGAAAGACUGCAGAGGGUUGUUGUGACGACGUUUAACAUAUUUCCUUAUAUAAUUACGACUUUUUGGUGAUUUUGCUUUUGGAGUAAUUAAACAUAGAAACAGCGUAAAAAGCUAUUAACAAUAAUAAUCAGGCAAUAAUCCCUUUUUCAUGAACAUACAGA